GACUUCGGAGGCCGCCGUGUCCAUGCCAUCGACACCGCACAGUCAGUCCCCGUCGACCACUUGCGUCCCACUUGCGCCCAUCUCGAUCCGCUUAUGUUGCGUACGCCUAGGCUUUGAGAGAUUAGUUAUUUCGCCACAUCUCUUCGAUCUCUUCCUUGGUCCUUACAUAACAUGCUGGUGUCUGGACCGGUCACGUGCGUCGGAGCAUCAGCUCCGAAGCCAACAUCGGGCUCGUAGCAAACGGACACGGAGUCCAUCACGGUAGCAGAGCGUACAUCUUGACAGGCCUGUGGGCUAUGAAAAAUCUGAUCGCUCAAUCGCUUCGAGGCCGAAGCUGGCCUAUGUAGCAUUUGCGAACCACGUCAUUGGAACUCGCCCUUCUCGUCGACACGCUCUCUCUGAUUAGACACGCAAUUCAUGAGACAGCCUCAAAGCUCUCGAAAUCAGUGAGAUUGAUGGACCGUAAUGCAUUUCAAAUCUUCAGCCUCUAGUCUCGACGCCAGGAGUGUUCAUGUACCGCUGCGGAUCAGUAACCUGAGCCGUCACGGAACGGCCGCUGAAUCAUUACGGGGGCCAGCAGAACAACCAGUCAAAAUACACAUAAGACGUGACCUUGGCAAUAUUCCACCCGUUUGGAGCGGCGGCUGUUGCAAUUGGAUUUUCCUGCUGUGCCCAGAUAGUGUAACUGCUGGCCAUGCGAACAAUGAGAGCACAUCACCAUGCGCUCGCUACCACGACCUGACAAACAUGAUGUUCUGUCGGGAACGCAAUCGCGGCUGCAACGUGGGAGCCGUUCGUUACUUCCUUCUCAGCAACUGCGCGCAGCAAGGCGGCGGCACCGCCGCUCUUUCCUUAUGACAUUGCUAUAUAGACUCUAUCAUAGCUUCCUCGGUUGGGGAAAUUCGUAGAAGAUACGCGCCUACUGUCCCGUGAAGUCUAUCCACUCCAAUUCCAAAUCCUCCCCUAGACGAGAUCAAAACCUCGCGAUGCUCUCAUCCGUUUUAUCUCUCCUACUUUCGGUCAUUACGGUAUCUGCUCAGUUGCUGGCAGAGAAUUGGCCGAAUUGGAUUAUCCCAAUCAGCAGCACGCAGCCCAACACAGCAGUAGGCAACCAGAAAUGGGGACAUGUUGUAUGUCCAGGCGUGCUCUCGUUGCUCGACCAGGUCAAGAAUAAGAAAACCUAACGACCACGCGUUCAGGCCGUUAUGCCCGGCUCUAGCGGCCGCAACGAAAUCAUCGGCACCGAGAUCGUAUUCGACAACGUACCCACCAAUACCGGAGCCAGCUACUGCACGAUCUCGUUCGAGCUCGCUCAGACGGGACCAUACACACUGGUCGGCGACGUUGCGCUCUUCGACAUCUACGCAGUGUACGGAGGCUUCGUAGACGCGUCCGACACGUACAACAGACACCCGCCGUACGUGGAUAUCAAGAUAGGUAGCGUCACGGUAGAGAACGGCACAGCGUUUGUGGCUCUGGAGCCUGUGCAAUGCUCCAGCGAGAAGGUACAGAUCGUAUUGCUGCCAACGCCGGGCGCCGCGCCAUUCGACUUCACAUGGUUUGAACUAAACGAUCCAAAGUACGGGGCGUAUAAUGGAAUCACGUUCAAGCAGUGGAAGUGAAGGAUAACGGUGGGCAUGACGCAGGCAGUCACCUGAUUUCCUUGCUGGAGAUGUAGACUCCCCACCUUUUUGCUCGCGUGCUACCUAAGUAUGCUCGGUAGCACUGACAAUAUUAUAUUGAGCACCAUGACGGU